AUGAGUAUGAACUUGCGUGAAUGGAUGACGAACAAUGAAGAAAUUCAAUCAAUAAUACCAGAUGAUGAUAAAUCAGCAGGCGGAUUAUGUUCUCCACUUUCUUUACGUGGAAAGAUAUUGCUGCAACAAAUAUGGAGCAAGGGCUAUGACUGGGACGAUUUAUUAGAGAAGAAAGAUUCCGAUGCAUGGGUGGAAAUAAGAAGCGACUUGGAACAAAUUGAAAGUGUUAAGUUUCAAAGAAAUAUUUGUAUGACAAAUGAUGUGAAUAAUGUUGAAUAUUCAUUAGCUUGCUUCUGCGAUGCUUCGGACAAAGCAUACACUGUAUCAAUAUACCUAGUACAAGUGAAAGAAGACGAGUACAAAUCAGAUCUUAUAUUUUCAAAGAGCAGACUGACACCAAUAAAAGGAAUGACAAUACCAAGGCUCGAACUGAUGGCAGUUUUGAUAGGAGCUAGAUGCCUUAACUUCGUAGAAAAGGAAUUAAAGUUGGAGUGUAAAAAUGUCGUUCUGCUGACAGAUUCUCAGUGUGUUCUCCAGUGGUUAUUAUCGGACAAAUUACUCCCAGUGUUUGUGAAAAACCGUUUGAAAGAGAUCAAAAGUUAUGGCAAUAUAACAUAUCGCUAUGUGAAUACAACGGAAAAUCCUGCAGAUAUAGCAAGUCGCGGAAGUACACUGGUCAAAUUGUUAGAAAAUAGGAUAUGGUGGCAUGGGCCACAAAUGCUAAGGCACUGCACUUUGGAUUUAUUGAACGGGAAACCAGUUAGUAAAUCUGAACAAGACACUGUUAUAGAAGAUGCUGAAGUUGUAAACAAAGGCGAAAAUAUUGACAUGGAGAUGCACUCAGAUAAACAGCCAAUGAAUGAAUCUGAACACAAUGAUGUAUUAGGUGUUAAACAAAACAAUACUAUGGAUUCAGAAGGGAGCUGUCUCUCGACAGACAGCUCCGACGUAGAAAAUGCACCAUUUGGAAUAAAUGUAAGGAGGUAUUCAUCUUCUUCUAGACUGCUUAGAGUCACGGCAUGGUGUAUUCGAUUUACAGAAAAAAUGAAAGGUCAUAUUUAUGAAAGUCAUAGUUUAUCUAGUGAAGAACUUAGAGAAGCUGAAUUUUUGUUGCUGUAUCAUAUUCAGAGGAAAUAUUACAAAGAAGUCCAUCAAUCAAUAGUAGACAAAAAGCCAAACAAUUUGGCAAGGCAGUUUGACAUUUUCAUUGAUGAAAGUGGAUUAUUAAGAUGCGGAGGACGUCUUGAACACGCUACCUUUUCUGAGGCAGCGAGGCACCCAAUAUUGCUCCCAAGAAAAGAGAAAUUAACCCACCUCUUAAUUGACAUGUUGGAUUAG